AUGGGCGGGCGAACGCAUUUCACUGUGUUAGUAUAUCUGAAUGGCGGCGAGCGCGAUCCAAAGGACCUCCAGGUUCGUGGUGGUGAGACGGUCUUCUGGAAGGAUCAUGACGGCAAGCGACCUGCGCUCGCUUUUCCACCCACUCGCGGUGUCUGCCUCUUCCAUGGCCAUGGAGACGAGUGGCUUGGGCGCUCGCGAGAGCUUGAGCACCUUUUUCUCGGUUUUCGAUUAGGUUUCCCGCUUCAGUUUUCCAGCAUGCUGCAUAAUGCUGAAUGUGGGAAGACGAGAAGUCCCAGAUCUUCAGAGACAGUAGCUCUAUCUUGGUUCGGAGGUUGA